AUGGCCGAGCUCAGGUCCCUGUCCGGAGAGGGCUACCAAGCCCCGCGGCCGGGCUACGGGCCGGCCGCCUUCCCCUACGGCGCCCGGGGCUACCCGGGCCCCGCCGGGGGCGACUCGGGCCCUGCCCCUCGCGGGCCGGGCCCGGUGGCGAGCAGCGGCGAGCAGACGGGCGACGAGGAGGAGGAGGAGGAGGAGGAGGAGGAGGAGGAGGACGGCUUCGAGCCCCGCAAGGCCGGCGAGGCGCGGGCGGCCCCGGGCAAGAAGGCCCGCGAGCAGCGGUCCCUGCGGCUGAGCAUCAACGCCCGGGAGCGGCGCCGCAUGCACGACCUCAACGACGCCCUGGACGGGCUGCGCUCCGUCAUCCCCUACGCCCACAGCCCUUCCGUCAGGAAACUCUCCAAAAUCGCCACGCUCCUCCUGGCCAAGAACUACAUCCUCAUGCAGGCGCAGGCCCUGGAGGAGAUGCGCAGGCUGGUGGCCUACUUGAACCAAGGGCAGCCCGGCCUCGGCGGCCCCGGCCCGGCCACGCUGGCCCCCUUCGGACAGUCCUCGGUUUACCCCUUCCCGCCCGCCGCCCUGCCCGGCUGCCCCGAGAAAUGCUCCGCCUUCUCGGGGACCCCCUCCUCUCUCUGCAAACACUGUAACCAGAAGCCCUGAGUCGCUCCUUUCCCCCUC